AGGAAGAAGAAGAAGGCGAGGACGAAGAUGCUCACGAGCGAAAGCGGAAGCGAGAGCAUCGCGACAAGGAAGAAGAAGAGCGUCUGGACGAGGAUGACUUGGAACUCAUUGGGGAACAAAUCGAGCGCAGAGCACCAACACAGCCGAAAUUCAAGCGUCUUAAACGAGGUCAUCGGGACGAGGAUGACCGUGGCCCCGAGCGACGCGGCUUAGAGGACAUGUUCUCGGAUGACGACGAGGAAGCCAACGACCAAAGACCCUACGGCCGAUCGAACUACCGCCCCCAGGCCGACGAGUUCGAAGACUUCAUCGAAGAGGACUAUCCGGAGGAUGAGGACGAACGAGCGCGCCAGCAAGAAGAUGCCGAAGUCGCCCGGCCCCGCGACAGAGGGGUUGGAGGUGUUGUUGAUACCUCCGGCCUCGACAAAGACGCCCUGGAGGACAUGGAAGCAAUCUUCGGCAACGGCGAGGAUUACGAAUGGGCUCUUCAAUUGGAAGAAGAGCAGGAAGACCGCGAACGCGAAGAGCAGGUCAUUGAGCUGAAGGACGUGUUUGAGCCUUCACAGUUGAAGGAGAAGCUUUUGACCGACGAGGACAACCAGAUCCGAUUCACAGAUGAGCCUGAAAGAUUCCAACUGGACCGAAAGCCCUUCAAACACUUGCAAAUUAGCGCUGAGCAGUUCAAGGAAGAGGCCCGGUGGAUCGCGGGUUUGAUGUGGCCCAAAAAGCUGCUCCAGUCCGAACUACACGGACCCUUCACCAAGGCUAUCGGCAAGGUCCUCGAGUUCUUUGUCGUUGACGACGUUGAGGUCCCGUACGUCUUUCAGCAUCGCAAGGAUUACUUGAUCCACGCCAAGAAGACCAAAAACCCCGACCGUCGCGACGACCCCGAUGCCCCUGAAUGGAUCGUCAGCGCAGACAAGCUUCUUACUCAGGACGACUUGUGGCGAAUUCUGGAGCUCGAUAUCAAAUUCCGUUCACUGAUCGAAAAGCGGAACGCCCUCGAAAAAACGCUUGAGAGCCUCAAAUCUGCUGCUAGCAUCAAGGAUGAUGUGCUCGAGGACAUGAUUCCCCAAGCUGCGACCAUGGAAGAACUACAAGAUCUGCAGGACUACCUCCAUUUCCAAUACACCACCGAGCUCAAGGACCUGUCUUUCAUGAACGGCAAUGGCAAUCAAAUGAAGCGCCCAGGCUCCAAAUCAAAUCUUGUUGACAGAGUCAGGAGGAGCAAGGCUAUCGGCUUCGUCCGUGCCUACGGUAUCACUCCGGAUCGGUUCGCCCAAAAUACACUUCGCGAGGGUAACAAGGUUUGGGCCGACGACGACAGUCAGCUUCCGGACGACCUCGCCGACUCUCUUACGGAUGAAGAAUUCCAAACCGGUGAUACGGUGAUGUACGCUGCUCGUCAAAUGUACGCAGAGGAGCUGUUCGUCAACCCUCGUAUGCGGAAGCACUUCAGAGUCAACUUCUACCAAAUGGGUGAAAUCAGCUGUCGCCGGACAGAGAAGGGUUUGAAGAAGAUCGACGAUUCACACCCAUUCUACGAGGUCAAAUACCUCAUCAACCAGACAAUUGCCGACGUUGCUCGACAGCCAGAUCUGUACCUCAAGAUGAUGAAGGCUGAGGAAGAGGGUCUCAUCGAGGUGAAGCUGACACUGGAGAACGACGAGGGCUUCAAACGUUCAUUGCGCCAAGAAUUCAUUUCAGACAACUACAGUGAACUUGCCGAUCGAUGGAAUGAUGAACGUCAGAAGGUCCUCGAUCUCAUUGUUCCCCGUCUUUCAAAGAUCAUUGCCAAGGGCGUCAAGGAGUCUCUUCGAACUGCAUGCCAAGAAGAAGUCCUAAAAGCCUGCCGCGAAGAAUACUCAAAGAGGCUCGACCAAGCACCAUACAAGCCCAAGGGUAUGAUUCUUGGCACACUGCCCCGGAUCAUCACUCUGUCCAACGGCAUGGCCGAUCCAGCUCGCGACCCCACACUCUGGGCUUCCGUCGAAGAAGAUGGUCGGGUCAUUGAGCAGGGCAAAUUGGGCAAUCUAGCUCGUGAUGAGCGAGCUCGCGAAGAGUUCGUCGAGAUCGUCAACAGGCGUCGCCCGGAUGCUAUCGGUAUUAGCGGAUGGUCUGCAGAUACCCAGAGGCUUGUGAGGGACUUGGAAAGUCUCAUCAGCGAAAAGGGCUUGAUGGGGCCCGAGUUUGAUGACCCCGAGCUUGGAGAGUACCGCACUGAGCCCCUCGAAGUCAUUGUGGUGAAUGACGAGGUUGCUCGUCUCUACAAGGACAGCCCCCGAGCAGUUGCUGAGCACCCUACUCUCAGUUCCCUUACGAGAUACUGCAUCGCUUUGGCGCACUACAUGCAAAACCCCCUCAAAGAGUAUGCGGCUCUUGGCAAAGACAUUGCAUCGCUAGCUUUCCAUCCUUGUCAAAAUCUGCUACCCCAAGAGAAGCUUCUCAAGCACCUUGAGUCAGCAAUGGUCGACAUGGUUAAUCUGUGUGGUGUCAACAUCAACGAGGCUGUGGGCGAUUCUUACACAGCAAAUCUCCUGCCUUAUGUCGCCGGUCUUGGUCCCCGAAAGGCUACAAGCGUCAUCAAAGCUAUCAACGCGAACGGAGGAGCCGUCGGCAGCAGAGAUGAGCUGGUUGGCGACCCCGACAGUGGCAAGCUGCCAGUCGUGGGCCCAAGAGUUUGGAACAACUGCGCCAGUUUCCUCUUCAUCGACUACGAUGCAACCAACCCCACCUCAGACCCCCUUGACAACACCCGUGUUCACCCAGAGGACUACGAGCUGGGUCGCAAGAUGGCAGCCGACGCCCUUGAACUUGAUGAAGAGGACGUCAAGGCAGAGACGGAUCACAAUGGACCUGGUGCUAUUGUCCGGAAACUCUUCAAGGAGGAUGAACAAGAGAAGGUCAAUGAGCUUAUCCUCGAGGAGUAUGCAGAGCAACUCGAGCGCAAUUACAGCCAGAGGAAGCGCGCUACGCUUGAGACGAUUCGGGCUGAGCUUCAAGCCCCCUACGAAGAGUUGCGCAGAAACUUCUCAAGCCUCGGCCCGAACGAAAUCUUCACCAUGUUCACUGGAGAGACCAAGGACACCCUCGCUCAGGGCAUGAUCAUCCCCGUCAACAUCCGAGUAGUGAAGGACGACUUCGCCAUUGUGAAGCUUGACUGCGGUAUAGAGGGCCGCAUUGAGUCACAUGAUGGCCCUGAUGGUGUUCGCGUCAGAGGUAUCCUGACGACCGGACAGACGGUGCAAGCCAAGGUUCUUGAGGUAAACUACAAGGACUUCUUGGCCAAGCUUUCUGCAAGGGAGGCCGAAGUCAAGCGCCCGUACAAGCGUCAAUUGUACCACGGUCAUGGACAGUGGGACGAGAGACUAGAGGCAGCCGAUAAGGAAGAACUUCGCGAGAAAGACAAGACUACCGGACGCACCCAAAGAGUCAUCAAGCACCCGCUUUUCAAGCCGUUCAACGGAUUGGAAGCCGAGCAAUGGCUUGGUACCCAAGCCGCCGGAGAGGUCAUCAUCCGACCCUCCUCAAAAGGUAACGACCAUCUGGCUAUCACCUGGAAGGUUGCCGAUGGUGUCUUUCAACAUGUCGAUGUGCUUGAGCUGCAAAAGGAGACGGAAUUCUCUGUCGGCAAGCUUCUCAGAGUGGGUGGCAAGUUCACCUACAAGGAUCUUGAUGAGUUGAUCCACGAACACAUUGAGGCUAUGUCUCGAAAGGUGGAUGAGAUGAUGCAGCAUGAGAAGUUCGAAAAGCGGUCCAAGACGGAUCUCGAGAAAUGGCUCACCACAUACAUCGAUGCCAACCCCAACCGGUCCGCUUAUGCUUUCUGCAUCGAUCCCAAGCACCCCGGCUACUUCUGGCUGUGCUUCAAGGCGAGUCGUGGAUCGCGUGUCAACUCAUGGCCUGUCCGUGUUAUUCCGGGCGGCUUUGAGUUACUGAAGCAGGCCUACCCCGACAUGAGAGCGCUGUGUAACGGCUUCAAGAUCCGUUACCAGACCGAAAUCACCAAGAUGCAGAAAGGCAGUGGCAGAUAGGGUCCUUCUGCCCAUGGCACAAGGCCUUCCGCCCCUGUGUAUCGAGACUACGUCACAGCUAGUUCGUCGCUUGGAGGCUGCUAUUGAGAGCGGGAUGACAAGAAUGGACCACACUUGAUAAUGAUGAAGAAGAAAAAGAUCACCUCAGUUGUGCGGGCGGCGGGACAGAGGCUGUGCCGCAGUGAAGUAGUGCGUGGAAUUGUCUUAUUUGGGAACUCCUCGGUUCCCUGGAAUCGGUUUGGGGGGUUUCACGGAAGCGAACGGGGGUAUCACGCAUCAUCAUCAUUCAUGUAGAUUAGUAAAAAAGACCCUCGAAGGUCAAAAAGCCAGUAGACAAAAAUUGGAAGUUCUCAACGACAAC